UGGCCAGCGCUGAAUUCGGGUGAAAACUGCAAGCAACAACCGCCAUUUAGUGGAUGAGCUGACUCCGAGCUCCAGGGCCCAAGAGGAGCCCCGGGGUUCAGGCGCCGGGCAGAGCUCGACGAAGCCAGCUAUGAGAGGCCAGGAGAGAUGGAUGCGGGGGGAAGCGGCACUUUGACUGAGAGGGUCAGAAGCACGCUGCCCCACUCUCCCCGCCGCUGAGAAGUUCCUUGGACGCGAACAGACGUCGACUGCAGCUGGGCAGAGCGCGGAGCGAACCAGCGAGCGAGCGCCGGCGAAUCGCCCGCGCCCGCCGCGGGGAGAGGCAGUUCGCGCCCCGCGGCCCCGGCUUGGCCCGCGCGGCCCCGCACAGCCCGCGCCGCCGUCUGCCCCGCCAUGGCGGAGGUAGGGGGGGUCUUCGCCUCCUUGGACUGGGAUCUGCAUGGCUUCUCCUCGUCUCUGGGGAACGUGCCCUUAGCUGACUCCCCGGGUUUCCUGAACGAGCGCCUGGGCCAGAUCGAGGGGAAGCUGCAGCGCGGCUCGCCCACAGACUUCGCCCACUUGAAGGGGAUCCUGCGGCGCCGCCAGCUCUACUGCCGCACCGGCUUCCACCUGGAGAUCUUCCCCAACGGCACGGUGCACGGCACACGCCACGACCACAGCCGCUUCGGAAUUCUGGAGUUUAGUCUGGCUGUGGGACUGAUAAGCAUACGGGGAGUGGACUCUGGCCUAUACCUAGGAAUGAAUGAACGAGGAGAACUGUAUGGAUCGGUAAGUUUCAGAAAACUCACACGUGAAUGUGUUUUCCGGGAACAGUUUGAAGAAAACUGGUACAACACCUAUGCAUCCACCUUGUACAAACACUCGGACUCGGAGAGACAGUAUUAUGUGGCCCUGAAUAAAGACGGCUCACCCCGGGAGGGAUACAGGACUAAACGGCACCAGAAAUUUACUCACUUUUUGCCCAGGCCAGUAGAUCCUUCUAAGUUGCCCUCCAUGUCCAGAGACCUCUUCCGCUAUAGGUAAUGGACCUCUGGUGUGACCUCUGUGACCCAUGUACUCUGGGGCCACAGUUGUCUCUGCAAGCACUAUACUCAUAGCUUUUGAAUCCUUCCUUCCUAUCAAUUUAGAUAACACAGAAGCACUUACCGUUCAACUUGACCUAGCUGUUCCCUUGUUCAAAGUGUAUAUCAAGGUUGGGUUAUUUUGGGGAGGGCUGGGGGGAGGGGUGGGCCCAAGGGAAUCUUGUAUAUACUUUUUUCUUUAUUCAUGUUUUCCCCUGAGGUGGCACAAAAAUAAUGGGGCCCUGCCAAGGACCAGGGGUGUCUUGCCCCACAAUCUACCCAAAUACCUUGACAAUGGGUAUAAAAAAAGACCAAGGAAUCUGCCAUAGAUGCUACCUACAGAGCUUUGGAAAAGUCUCAUUAAGGAAAUCCUUGGGGCUCCAGCCCUGCUGCAAGCCAUCCCUACAUUGGCUCUGCAGAUUUCUCAUUCGUCCUGACAUGCAGUUUUCCUGCCAUUGGAAGUGGGAGAGGGGUAGGUUAUAAGAAAAUGAUAUUAAAAUGUAAGCAUGGAUACUGUGCAUAAGGACAAACUAUUUAUGAAAUGUAUAUGCUAUUUAUUUUAUAUUUAUUUAUUUCAAAAUAAUUUUAUUUUUAAUGAGAGAUGCUAUGACUGGAUUUUCAUCAGAAAGAAUAAGGUCCUACUGAAACAGGAUAAAAUGAAUUAUUAAAGGCUUUUAUUGGCAAUAAAAUUGUC